AUGCCUCCGAAGCCAUCAGCGAAAGGAGCCAAAAAAGCAGCGAAAUCGGCGAAACCACGAGGUGAGAAGAGGAAACACGUUCGACGAAGAGAAUCCUAUUCGGUUUACAUCUACCGCGUUCUCAAGCAAGUUCAUCCAGACACUGGUAUUUCUUCAAAAGCAAUGUCCAUUAUGAAUUCAUUCGUUAACGAUGUCUUCGAACGAAUCGCCGCCGAAGCCAGUCGUCUUGCCCACUACAAUAAACGCUCAACAAUUUCAUCUCGUGAAAUUCAAACCGCCGUUCGACUCAUACUACCCGGUGAAUUGGCAAAGCAUGCUGUCUCUGAAGUUGGUGACAGCGAGAUGUCAGGACGGGGCAAAGGAGGUAAAGGCCUGGGUAAAGGUGGUGCGAAGCGUCAUCGUAAAGUGCUAAGGGACAAUAUUCAAGGAAUCACCAAACCGGCCAUCCGUCGUUUGGCUCGUCGAGGCGGUGUGAAGCGUAUUUCUGGACUCAUCUACGAAGAGACGCGUGGUGUCUUGAAGGUGUUUCUUGAGAAUGUUAUACGCGAUGCUGUCACAUACUGUGAGCACGCGAAACGCAAGACCGUCACUGCAAUGGAUGUCGUUUAUGCACUGAAACGUCAAGGAAGAACGCUUUAUGGUUUUGGUGGCUGA